UCUGCUUCAGGUCGCUGCAGCUACCAAGCUAGUGUGCUACUUCACCAACUGGUCCCAAUACAGGUCCAGGCCAGGGAUGUACCUGCCCGGAAACGUGGACCCACACCUGUGCACCCACCUAAUCUACGCCUUUGCCAGCAUCGAUUACGCCAAUGAGCUGGUCACCCAGGAGUGGAAUGACAACACACUGUACACCUCCUUCAACGCCCUGAAGACCAAGUUCUCCAUCAUGGCGUCCUCACCAGCCAACCGCCAGAAGUUCAUCCAGUCAUCCGUCAGUUUCCUGCGAACGCGCGGUUUUGAUGGGCUGGAGCUGAACUGGCAGUACCCGGGGUCUCGAGGGAGCCCCCUAGAGGACAAGCAGAGAUUCACACUCCUGUGCAAGGAGCUUCUGGGAGCUUACAAGGCGGAGAGCAGGGCGAGCGGACGCCCCAGACUGAUGGUGACAGCCGCAGUGGCUGCUGGGAAAAGAAUCAUUGACGCCGGCUACGAAGUUGUCGAGCUCUCAAAGUACCUGGACUUCAUCAAUGUGAUGACCUUCAAUUUCCACGAAAGCCUGGAGAACUUCACGGCACACCACAGCCCCUUGUACCGGGGUUCGCUGGACCAGGGAGACUUCACCUACGCCAAUGCAGACUUUGCCAUGAGGUACUGGAGGGGUCAAGGUGCCCCGGCGGAGAAGCUCCACAUGGGCUUCACAACAUUCGGCCGUUCCUUCACUCUUAGCUCAUCUGACCAAGGCCCCGGGGCUCCGGCGAGGGGCUCGGCCUCUGCCGGGCCCUACGUCCAAGAGAUGGGCCUCUGGUCUUAUUAUGAGAUCUGCUCUUUCAUCCAAGGCACUACUGUCCAGUGGAUAGAGGAGCAGCAGGUCCCUUACGCUGUCAAAGGGGAUGAGUGGGUGGGGUUUGACAACCACAGGAGCUUUGAGGCCAAGGCCCAGUAUCUGAAGAACAAUAAUUUUGGUGGGGCCUUCGUCUGGGCAUUGGACAUGGAUGAUUUUGAGGGGCAGUUUUGCGGCCAGGGAAGGUACCCUCUGAUCAACCACUUGUGGAAUUUGCUGGAGAUUGAGUACCUGCCUUUAACAUCACCCGGGCCAACAACAUCUGCCGUGACCAGAACUACCACCUCAGCCACUGCUGAAACCACACAUGUGACUCAUAGCUCCCCCAAGGGACUGCAGCUGCCAAGCCGAUGUGUCCAGGGCGUGGACACUAUCGUCAGUCCGGGAGGCGCCUUCUGCACCGGAAAACUUGAUGGAUUGUACCCCAAACCUGACGAGCCCACAUCUUUCUACGCGUGUGGCAAUGGGAUGAAAAAUGCUACAGUGUGUCCAACUCACAAAGCAUACGCAAGCGAUGAAGGACACUGGUCCUCGAGGGCCAGAGUCUCAUUGGUCUUUGGGAUAGCUUUCCUCCUACAGUUAAUUAACUCCUGGAACAAUAGGUGAUGUAUGCCCUCAUUCAAUCUAUUGCUCCAUUUCAGUAGAUAAGACUUAAAAAGACUUUAAGUGGAUUGACGAAAGAACAAAAACUCUGUUUGGUCCAGUGCUGUCAGAUUUGGGGGCAAAAAGACAAUGGGUUGAGGACUUUCAGGAGGAGGUUGCAGCAGGGAAUUUUAUGUAUCAAGGCUUUCAAAACCAUUUCUUUAUUACUAUCAAAAAUUUCUAAAUCUUUUUUUUUUUUUUUUUGGCUUUGACUGGGCCUCAUGGUGGAUGGGGCUUAAUCUCCAAGCAGGAACACAGUUAUUCUGGCCAAUCAAGCUACAGUUGCAACUGGAAGAAGCCAGGACAAAGGAUGCAAAUGAUACUUGGCUAGCAUUUUAUUGUAAAUUGGAUGCAAAAUACCUAGCCGGUCUUCCAAUGCCAAAAAUAAAGCUGUGAUAAAGCAGACAUUAUAAUGAAUGUGGAUAAAUUGUAAAUCUCCUACUUUUGAUGUGUAAUAACGGAUGAUGUUCUCUCUCUUCUGACUACACAAGGUCAGAAUAUGAUAUGUCUGUCAAAAUAAUAAAUAUUAUCUACAUAUUUGAAAGGUCUUUUAAAUCAGGCAUCGGUUCUCAAAAAACAGAUGCUUUUUGAUUUUCCAUAAUAUGCUAUCACACAUGAAUCCGUGAAGUUUUUGGCUCUCUGUAUUUUAACAGCUGACACCUCAUUCAGUCAGGACGCCAUUUUGGAUCGGGUAAGUUUACGCCAACCAAACCCCAGCCUCUCUGUCUCAGUUCUCUCAGAAUUCUCCCUGCCUUCCGUGACGCCAUUUUGUUCUAAGGUUCAGAACUGAAAGAAGUAGAAAGAGGACUGGAGAGGAGCGACAUGUGUGUUCUUUUGUGGGAGAACGAAUAUUGAACACUUGCUUAAGUAAUUCUGGUAACUAAUCGUUAUUUUGUUGUUUUUUAUGCAGUGUAAUAAUUUUAUCAAUCGUAAUUUCAGUUUUUAAUACGUUAAACACAGUUCACCUUAUGUAAUGCUAUCCUAUCGUUAGCUUGCUAGCUAACAUUUCCUAGGCCUGAAAGCCAUUUCAAGAUAACAUUUGGUCUGUAGCUCGCUCGCUAGUUAGCUGUGAUGUUUCAAUCAGAAAGCUUAAUGUCUGCGGAAAGUUGGACUGACUACUUGAUAUUGAUAUCUAUCUAGCUAGCUAAUGGGUUGUUGGCAUGGUGGUGUUUGUUUGAUGGCUAGCAUUAGCUAUCUAACUAGCGAGAUACAGUCCCGUCUUAGUAUUUUUUUAGCUGGCUAACGUUAUCAAAGUGAAACAAAUACAGUAGCCUAUCUAAGGUUAGCUACCUGACUACAACCAAAAAAGCAGUAUUGGUUUGCUGAUAAACGAACAAAAUUGAGUCCAGAGAGUAAUCGUUAGCGUCACCUUGCCAUCCGAGACCCUUUUUUUAAUUCAAAUUGCCGUGUAGCACUAACACUAACAUUGUGCGCAAUUGUGUGUUACAGUACCGCGGAUGAUUCAAAACGCAUAACCCUCAGUAAUUUCUGGUAAACCGCCCUGUUGAUUUCUUUUGUUUUCGUAUCUGUGAUCUAUUGUUUUUGUUUUAAGCCUGUUAUCUGUUGAGAGAUCUAUAUGAGUAUAGGAAGGUUAUCUAUAGUUCCCUAACGUCCAUUUUCCUUGUUUGGCUGGUUACACGAAACAAUAAAAAUAACGUAAAUUACACUACAUGGUCAAAAGUAUGUGGACGCCGCUUCUAAUUAGUGGGCUGUAUUGCUUCAGCCUCACUCGUUGCUAAUAGGGGCAUAAAUAAAUAAAUCAAGCAUACAGCCUUGCAAUCUCAUUAUCAACCAUUGGCAGUAGAAUGGGUCGUACUGAAGAGCUCAGUGAAUUUCACCGUGGCACUGUCAUAGGAUGCCACCUUUCCAACAAGUCGGUUCGUCAAAUUUCUGCCCUGCUCGACAUGCCCCCGUCAACUGUAAGUACUGUUAUUGUGAAGUGGAAACGUUUGGGAGCAACAAGUGCUCAGCCACGAAGCGGUAGGCCGCACAAACUCACAGAACGGGACCGGCGGGUGCUAAAGCGCGUAGCGUGUGAAAAUCGUCGGUCCACAGUUGCAGCACUCACUACCAAGCUCCAGACCGCCUCUGGGAGCAACGUCAGCACGAGAACUGUUCGUCGGGAGCUGAACGAAAUGGGUUUCCUCGGCCGAGCGACCACGCAUGAGUCUAAGAUCACCAUUCGUAAUGCCAAGCGUCGGCUGGAGUGGUGUAAAGCGCACCGCCAUUGGACUCUGGAGCAGUGGAAACGCGUUCUCUGGAGCGAUGAAUCGCGCUUCACUAUCCGGCAGUCUGACGGACAAAUCUUGGUUCGGCGAGUGCCAGGAGAACGGUACCUUCCGGAAUGUGUACAGCCAGCUGAAAAUUUUGAUGGAGGAGGGAUAAUGGUCUGGGGUAGUUUUUCAUGGUUUGGGCUAGGCCCCUUAGUUCCAGUGAAGGGAAAUCGUAAUGCUGCAGGAUACGGUGACAUUCUAGAGAAUUGGGUGCUUCCAACAUUGUGGCAACAGUUUGGGGCAGGCCCUUUCCUGUUUCAGCAUGACAAUGCCCCUAUGCACAAAGUGAGGUUCAUAAAGAAAUGGUUUGCUGAGUUUGGUGUGGAAGAACUUGACUGGCCUGCACAGAGCCCUGACCUCAACCCCAUCGAACACCUUUGGGACGAAUUGGAACGGCAACUGCGGGCCAGGCCUUGUUUCCCAACGUCAGUGGCCGAACUCACUGAUGCUCUUGUGGCUGAAUGGAAACGAAUCCCAGCAGCCAUGUUCCAAAAUCUAGUGGAAAGCCUUCCCAGAAGAGUGGAGGCUGUUAUAGCAGCAAAGGGUGGACCAACUCCAUAUUAAUGGCCAUGGUUUUGGAGGUGUUCAACGAGCCCAUAUCAGUGUGCUGUUCGGGUGUCCACAUUCUUUUGGCCAAGUAGUGUAGCUAGCCUAGCUAGCCAAAAGAACGUGGACAUAUAUGACUAAAGGUAUCUGGACAACUGUGAGUCAGGCCUAAUUGCUCAGUCGGUGCCCAACCUCAUUAAUGCUCUUCUAGCUGAAUGGAAGCAAAUCCCUGCAGCAGUGCUCUGUCUAGUAUAAAGCCUUCCCAGAAGGUUGUUGUAGCAGCAAAGGGUGAACAAAGUCCAUAUUAAUGGCCAUCAUUUUUGAUGAGAUGUUGGAUGUCUGGUGUCCACAUACUUUUGGACAUGUAGUGUACAAGCUUUCUUUAGCUGGUUUGCUAGCAUAAUGUCAUGGUCUUGCUAGCUAACUUUAUGGUUAACAUUCGUGAUAAUUAGUUCUAGCGAUAUUUACAAAUUGACAAACAUCGUGUCUUUGUUUAACGGGGAGAGGGAAAAAACAAUUUCUCCAGGCCUUUUGAGAUGGGGUUUUCCUUGCUCGACUCCUUCUAAUAUUAGGAAAACAUGGCAGUGUAUGAGCUUACAUCCUCCCAAAUUCAAAACGUGGCAAAUUGUUAUUGUUAACAAGUUACUUUUAACAAUGUUGCUGUGUUUAGAAGGGAUUAUUUACUUGUAAACUACACUAUUGUGCGUUUGCAAGACAAAUUCCCUGCCAUUUGCUAAAUUCUGUAACCGAAUGACAGCCAAGUAAAAUCAAUGCCAUGUUGCUUUUUAAAAAGUCUUCAUGAUCCAACCAAUUUCUAAUGUCUCUCUUUGUGAAACUGUCUCAUUGCGAACCUGUGAACAGUGUGAAACAGUUGAGUGAGAUAUUGGAACUGUGUUGUCCUGUUUGACUGCAAGGUAGUAUUCGUGUUGCCAACAGUUAAAGUGUUGGGGAGGUGUUUUUUCUUUUUUCUACAUGUAG